AUGGCACAGGCUACGGGCCAACCUAUAGAGGUGUCCCAACAGGGGUACACACUUGGUCUUCAUGUUCUGUUUGAACCCGAAAAUGCUUCACCCAAAGUAGAGCUAAAAGAACUAUGUUUGAUUGAUAGUGUUGUGGCAGUCCACGGUCUGGGCGGGGAUUCUUAUUCGACUUGGAUAGAUCCCAACUCAAACUGCCUGUGGCUUCGCGACCUUCUGCCACAGUCCAAUAUUUUCAAAGAGAGUGCUAGAAUCUUGACUUUUGGUUAUGACGCCAAAGUAUUUGUCAAUCCAUCCGCAAGCGCUGCGAGGGGGCGUACAUUCACUUUUGCAGAGGAGCUGCUGAAUGACCUUGACGACAAGCGAGGGGGCGAGGCGCAGCAUCGCCCCAUAAUCUUUGUUGGGCAUUCUCUUGGUGGAAUUGUGAUCAAAGCUGCAAAGGCAUUGUGCUACGCCCACCUGCGCGAGUCAUUAUACAGUACGAUCCUCGACUCUACAUACUCAAUUGUCUUCUUUGGAACUCCUCACCAGGGCACUGACUCGGCGGUUUGGGCAACUUAUCUGGGGAAAAUUGGCACGGUUUUUGGAGUGGCGGCUUCCAGAGCCACCAGAGAUUUAAAGCGCUGGUCCGAUCCGUUGUUGGAAUUGUCUGUCAACUUCGCCGAACUGGUGGAUCGAUUCGAGAUCACGACCUUCUUUGAAGGAAAGCCUGUGAAUGGGGUUAUGGUCGCCCCUGAGGGGACGGUGCGUUUGGGGCUGAGAAGAGAGCGUUGUCGACAGCUUGACGGAGACCAUCGAACCAUAUGCAAGUUCUCCUAUUCUGAUCCAAAAUUCAAUGUGGUAAAAAACAGGUUCGAUAGCAUUAUGCAGGAAAUAAUGAGCAUGAGACUCGCAAAUGAGUUGCCGGUCCCAGUAUCAACGACGAGUCAACAAAGUCUCGAACAGCGAUUGGAAGCUUUGACGAAUUUUAAUAAAUCGGGUUGA